AUGUAUCGAUCGUUGUCUACUGGUCCAUGUCGAUCAUCAUUUACUUGUGAUGUUUGCAAAAUUCAUGAAUGUUGUCCAAGCACACCAACACAUGAUGAAGCAGGUAACCAAGAUUGUAUAAUUUAUUCUACAUUUUCUUCACUCGAUCCAAAUUCACAAGAAUAUGCAAAUAAAUUACAAAUUGAGCCAUUACAGUCUAUAUCAAUAGUAUCACCAAAAAUUAUUAAAAAAAUUGAACCAAUCCUUAUAAAGAUUGUAAGUAGUAGUAGUAGUAGUAGUAGUAGUAGUAGUAGUAGUAGUAGUAGUAGUAGUAGUAGUAGUAGUAGUAGUAGUAGUAGUAGUAGUAUUUAA